CAUGUGGGCGGAAUCUGUAGUAAGGAAACAAAACGGGAACAAGGUGAUAACGUGCCAAAGUGCACCUGCACACCUGAGCGAAGCCACUCCUUUCCCACGACGCGUUAGAGAUGGUUGUAAAGCAAAGGGCCGGAACAACUCACCGUAAAACCUCUACAGCUUUUACAUGUUUUAAGUUUCCACUCUGGUCUGAGGACUUUGGCCAAUAACAGGGUCCAGUUUAGAUCUUCUGCGGGUUUUUAAUACAUGUCGCUGUCGUUAAAAUUGACUUCUUAGCAGCUUCGGAGUCUCUGACGUUCCUUCGGUUUUUGUGAUCUCCACACGGAAUGACGACGUGGUCAUCAUGAAGGUCAUCGCCCUGCUCCUGUUCUGCUACGCGUGUCUUUCGACUGUUAACGGCAAAGUGUAUUUCGUCUCAAAGAACUUUCACAACGUGCUCCACUGGGACGUGGCGGCGCCGGCCCACCCCGGGGAGGAGGUCCUCUGCAGCGUCCAGUACCACAGUGACGCAGCCGACCAGCGGUUCCUGAUGAAAGAGGGGUGUCAGAACAUCACUGCUCUGGUCUGCGACCUGACGGCAGAAACGCCGUCAGUUCACGACGUCAACUACCGCGCUCGGGUGUGCUGUAACGGCGACUCGUGUGGCACAACCACGAGGUUCAAACCCAUAGCGCAAACCGCCCUCGGUGCGCCCGCCUUGUCCACGCACGCCACUGCGUCGUCCCUCCAUGUCGAUGUGACCGUUCCCCUGGGGCCAGACGGAGUCUCCGUCGCUGAUAUCAUCACCACGAGCAAAAAACUGCCUUACGAAACUGGGUUAGUUUAUACCUUAAACAUCACCCGGCCACCGUGGGCCGCGCAGGUAAACGAGAGAACAACUGGCCAGUUUGUCAUCGACUUGAAGAAGGGCCGGACUGAGUACUGCGGCUACGUGGUGUACAAACCCGAGACGGAAUCAGGCCGCCCGGAGAGCGAGCGAGCCCCCUUCUGCGUCACACUGCCAGGUGAUCCUCUGGAGCUCCUGCCGUGGCUUCUCGUGGGCGCUGCUCUUCUCGCCGCCACCACCGCAACGUCGGUCGCGUGCAUAUGCAAAUAUGUGAACGGCGGAAAGGGAAAAAGCAUGCCACAGAUAUUGGUAAUCAGCUCCAGCACCACGCCCAGGCAUAUGCAGUCCCUAGACGGGUAUCUCAGCAUUUCCAAGCCGGAGGUCUACAUCAAAAGUGAAGAAAGAGAAAACCCAAUGAUCCAGGGGAAUCCUGAAAUUACCCCGUUAAGUUCAGGAGCUUACUCCCCCCAGGACAACCUCGGCCUAAACUGGCCAGAUGGCACCGGCUCCUCCGUCGGCACGGAGGGACGCCGCGACCUGACCCCAGAUACAGAGGACACGAGUGCUCAGUCCUCCGAGACCUACGGCGUGGUAGCUGUCCAAGAACAUAACAGAGACGUUCCGCCGGCGACCGGCAACCGCAGAAUGCUAGCGCUGCCUCACGAGGAACCUGGCGAGGACGUCGGCGUCGGGCGACGGGACGCCAACGGACAACUCGUGCUGCAGAUACAGAGCAGCGGCGACGGCAGAGGGACACCCCUCGGCCCGGAGAGGACACUUCGUUUAUCGGACCUCAUAGACUCCGGGACGGACGGGACGGACGGGCCGUCGUUGGCGUCCCUCAAGAGCUUCGACGGCUCGGAGUUUUGGGACUCGGGGUGCGACGACAGCGGCGUAACCACGCCAACGCACACCUACUGCAACGGCCACUAUCCCCUGUCGCAACCGGACUCGUCUUAUUUACAGCAGGGGUGGACGAAGGCGUCGCCGGGGGGCGCCGCGCGAGGGUCAGGCUACAAACAAAACAGUUUUACCGCGAUGCUUCACGGGACUCCAUCCAAAGACGUUUGUGGAUACAGAACGACGGGCUACGACGGACGUCCCACAAAUGAGGAGGGGGGCCGGAAAGAAGGAGACAGCGAAGUAGAGGAGACAAGGCAAAUCCUGCUGGGAGGUUGGGUAACAUAACGCAGACUAAUGUGCACUGGAGGAGGUUGAUGGACGUCGUGAUGGAUGAAGGUUGAUCUGCAAAGAGACAUUUAACAACCACAUGCGGACCUUUUAACUACAAAUCAGAGUGAUGCAUUAUGCUGUUAAUCCGUUUUCUAUUUAUUUAUUAAUUUACGUUUGUAUUACCAAAAAGUAUGGAUAAUUCUGAAUUGUGUGUUUACAUUUCAAGACGGAGAAUAUAAAUUUGUUAUUGCAACAAACAAUCAUUUUCAUGUUUAAGCAGUUCACAGAUUAUUUUCUUUUUAGAAAUGUUCUUAGCUGUUUUUAGAUCUCCUUGCUUUAUGUUUGGAUGUUUUAAUGGUUUUAUGUGAAGCACUUUGAAUUGCCUUGUUUUUUUGAAUGGGGUCGUUAAAUGUCUGUUUCAUAUUGUUUGACUCAAUAUGAAACAGAAGAGCAGGUAAUCUCCACAUUCGAAAGGCUGAAAACCGCAUAUCUAAAUUACCAAAAUAGUUUCCAAUUAUUUUUCAGUCGCCCAGUCGUACUUUAAACGAUGUUGAAUUGUUGAAAGCGGAACAUGGAAUUCAUUCACAUCGUUAUUGUGAUAUUAAGACGUGUUACAGCUAAAGUCUGCGCUAUUAUUAUUUUAAGGGGUUUGAAAUGCGACUUAAAUCACACAAAAAAACUAUUGUUCAACAGUUUGUAAAUGUUUACAAUUGUGUAGCAUCACUUAGCGACACAUUAUUGCAACUUAUCGCAACGUAGUGUAGUCGGCCUUAAAGAUUUGAUGUGAAAUCAAACGUCUUUUUGGCUGAACAAAGCAUGAGACGUUCUCACCUUCUGAGAUGACUGAAUCACUGCUGCAAUCUUCCUGUUUACGGGGCCUCUGUGGCCCACACAAACACAAUAAAUACUUUGUAUAUUUCCACAUCACAAAGGUCAUUUUGUAAUCGUGACUGUUUGCUGUGGCCGGCUGUGCGUUAGAACAUAUUAGAAGGUGCAUUCAUGAAGCCGCGCUGAUAACAGCCUCGCACACAUUUGCACACAGCUUCAUUCUGUCGAGAUUAGAUCAGAUUGUCGAGAUGUCCAGAUUUCUAGUAAAUGUAUUUUGGUUUCUUCAAA